AAUUAGAAGAAGAAACAAACGUUGAAGAUCUCGAAGACGGUUGGUGGACAUUCCGAGAAGGCUAAUAAAAUUUAGUGUACAGAGAGGUUUCCACGCUGGAGUGCUAGAACUUUAAACAAGACGCACAUGCCGAGAACUUUAAGCUAGAAUGCCAAGAAGAAUUUUGAGGUCAGCAAACAGGACGCGACAAGCUGAUGGGUUCGAGGAGGGAAUCGAUGAACUGUCCUCCUCGAAGCAACCAAAACUAUGAAUGAUUCAUCUCCCAUGAGAACGUUCAAAUUUCAAAAAUGACUCUCGUUGGAUAAGAAUGUCAAUAUUUCGAAUAAGUCUUAACUGCUUAAAACAACCGUGAUCCAAGCUGGCAAACGAGAACAGAGGGGACCAAUUGCAUUCCUUGUUCCUAAUUCUUGAAAUUAGUUCAAGUAGACUAGUAAAGGUUGGAGAAGCUUCGUUGAAGGCAGGAACAAUUGCUGACCGAUAGUAAAUUAGAAACUGAGGAAAGAGGAUACGAUCGAUUGGACGAUACGCUCUUCAGGGUCUACCCAGCUGGCGAACACCUUCGUCCUCGAAUCGCAUCCAUAGAAACGUGCAUAAUUAUACGCAAAGAAUACUCAUCGGUACGUAGUGGUUUGUGUCCUAAAAACACGACAGGAAAACGACACGUUAUAAACAUAAACAAUAAUUAUUCGGCACUUAAAGACGUUGAAAAAAGAGCGUGCAACCCAGUGAUUUUAGUGCGGAAUUUUUGCAACGAGCUCGAUGUAUUUGACCCACGCUAAAAUUAUGUAAAUCUUUGCGACUGGAAAGUGUGGAUACUCAUCUAAUAACAUAUUCUUCGGUCACAUGAUUAGAGGAAGACUUGGACAGUGGUAAAAUAAUUCUGAUAAUUUUUCGAUCGCUGUUUUUAAUGGUUAAAUGAUUCGAGUAAUUUUGGAAGUAUACUCAUGCUUCGAAACAGUCGAUCACGUCAAAGUCAUUGUUCGCAGUGUGGAAUAUUUGGACUCGAGGUGGAAGGUUGAUCCUCGAUUCGAUGGUAACUAAAAAGUGAAUGUCCAAUCAGUGGCGUGUUAUAUUAUAGAGACAAAAAAAUAUUUGAUGAAUCGAUCUCGCAAAAGCUCGUUAUUGUUGUCCGUUUGCAAAAAAGUUUCUUUAUUCGAAAUUAACUUGGUCCCUAUAAAUAAGUACUAACGUCAUCGAAUUAAAAAUCUUUCAGUGCAUACGUAACGCGUAAUACGUUUCUGCAACAUGCAAGAUAAAAUUGAAUUUAAAAAUAUUCUUCGAGCAUUUCGAACGUAAGGUCCAAGUUUGAUUUUCUCUUACGUGCCAACGAAUCGGACCGUGAACGUGCAGUGUCAAUAACUCGACUGUCAAUCGGCUUACCAGCGCGUGGAAGGUCGAUGAUGGUUCUAUGGAACGCCCCACCAUGAUGGUUUUCCAUUUAAAUAUGCCGGGCGCGCGCUGGGCCCGUUUAGUCCGCGCCGCGACCACUGAAAUGCCGUAACGAGUUUGAAACGGGGAAAACGUCAACAGUGACAGUCUCUCUAAAAGUUUGUCUCGAUCAUAGACGAUCUUGUGCGCCUCUUACUAAAAAUCCUGAGUUUGAGAUAUUGUUCUAUAAAUGCGCGAGGGCUACACAUCGCCUAGACGAUGCAAUUAGAAACGUAUCUGGAAAAUUUCAUCGAGAUUCAAUUCUGUACUAACAAAAUAUUAUUGUAAAGGCGAUGAAACUCCCAUGGAGUGUUCUCACUCCAACAGCUUCGAUGAAUUAAAAAUUAAAAAUAGUAUCUCUCGAAUUAGAGUAACGAUAAAAGUAUAAAAAUAAAAACCUUCCGUUGUGUUUCCUGCUCAGACGUCUGGUUGAUGCGAUAAUUAAAUACGCGUCGAUGAUGAAUCAGUGUCAAUGAACACAGUGAACGAACCGUAUAACAUGCUCCAUCCUCGUCUGAACGAGAUAUUUGUUUACAUCAGUGUGCUCUCAGUUGUGACGGUAUACAGUGACGUAAGUUCGAGUUAGACGGAAAGGUAUAUUUUGAUCGACGAAAAAAAAAUUUGUAACCGUACGUCGAGGAAAAGUAAAUAAACAUGGAGCUGGUGUUAUGCAUAUUGCCAAUGGUGUACGGAAAAUUUGUCGUCGACGGUUGGGAGAUGAUGGCAGUGAUCGUUCAGAAGCUGCUCAAGUUCGUGUUUUGGAUACUGGCGUGCAUAACCACGCCACUUUACAGACUACGAUACUUUAAGAAACGAAAACGAUUGCCACCGAUUAAAAGUCCACUCCUGCUCCAAUCAGCCACCAAGAUUGCACAGCAAAUUCGAGAAAGAAAGGUCAGCUGCGUAUCAGUGAUCAGAGCCUACAUAGAAAGAUGCAACGACGUGAAUCCAAUAAUAACCGCCAUCGUUGACACGCGAUACGAGAGUGCCAUUCAAGAGGCGAAAGGUUUCGACGAAUUCUUGGCGCGAACCGAGAAGACCACAGAGGAACUGGCACGCGAAAUGCCUCUUCUUGGCGUUCCUGUGACUGUUAAGGAGAGCAUAGCCGUCAAAGGGAUGUGCUACACGGUGGGCUUCAAGGAAGAUGUCCCGACGAAAGCAGAGGAGGACGCCGAAGCCGUGAGCUUGAUUCGCAAAGCAGGAGCCAUUAUUUUGCUAGUCAGCAACACUCCGGAGUUGUGCUUGUUCUGGGAGAGUAACAACAACGUGACUGGCUGUACCGGCAACCCCUACGACCCCAGAAAAACUUCUGGCGGGUCUUCAGGGGGCGAGGGAGCCCUUUCGGGCUCUGCAGCAUCUGUGGUGAGUCUUGUUUCGGACAUCGCAGGCUCGGCGAGAUUUCCAGCCCUCUUCUGUGGAGUUUUUGGUCACAAACCUACACCCAAUUUGGUGGCCAUCAAGGGUCACAAGCCAAUAUCCUACGACGUAAAGUGGAAUGACUUCUUUGUCAUGGGCACCAUAGUCAGAUACGCAGAGGAUCUUCCUCUUGUGAUAAGUGUCAUGUGUAAGACGGACGAGGGUCGUCGUCGCCUCAAUCAAAAGACACCUUUGGCGAACAUAAAAUUCUUCUAUACGGAAGACCGUGUUGCCGAAGCUAACUCCAUCAAUAGGGAUAUGAAGAACGUUAUGCAGAAGCUGAGGGCGUACCUCGAAGUGACGUAUAGCGUUAAAGUGCAACAAGUACACAUGAGCGAUAUGAAGUACUCGUUUAACUUGUCAGCGCAUGCGCUGUUAAAUCUGGACGUGGAAGAGGUCGUCCAGGAAUUUGGCCCUUUGAAUGUUUGCGCGCUGUUCGUGGAAGGACUCAAGCAACUCUUCAGGGUGUCGCGAUACACUUUCGCCAUGUACGGGUACUUGAUGGCGGCGUAUAUCUACAGAAAACUUCCACGAGGUUUCAGCAAUCUACUGGCGGAGAAGAGAGUUUCUCUGAAGAAACAGUUCGAGGAUAUUCUAGGCGACAACGGAGUGAUGAUUUAUCCUUCGUUCGUGUCAGCAGCGUAUUAUCGAUACGAAACCUUCAACAAUGUCCCCAAUUUCACUUACAUGAUGCUGUUCAACGUUCUGGGAUUGCCUGUCACUCAAUGCCCAAUGGGAUUGAACGCCAAUGGUUUACCUCUUGGCCUCCAAAUAGUCGCAGGUACUGGGAACGAUCACCUGAGUAUCGCCAUGGCUCAAGAAAUCGACAGAAUCUUUGGUGGCUGGCGACAACCGCCGUGCUCGUCCGGCGAAGAAUCGAUUUGAUGAUUCGUUCGUUACGCGAUAGUAAUUCACUAUUUUUGUAUCGAGAUACGAGUCUUCCAUUUUAUACUCGAAGAACAAUCACGGUAAUUAGCUCUGAAAGGCUAUAAGUUAUCGUUGCGUUAAUAUCGAUUCCAAAUGUAGCUUGCGAGUAAUGAUUAAUAUGAUAAUUGCGAGUGAUUAUUGCUAAAAUACAUGUUAACUAAUCACUGCCUCAACUCAAGCUGCAUGGUAUGCUCUCAGAAUUUAGCAAAAGGUGAAAGAAUUAUUUAAUUUAGGUUACAAAAUGUACUUAUAUUGUUGUAAAGUGUUGUCAUUAGCGCGUAAGAUUAGAUAGCAAUGAAUUUUAUAAACCCGGCUCGAUGUAAAUCGUGAUAAAUAUUCCAACUGAUAUUUUUCCUCUCGUA